UGUACGCACGCUUCUGACCAUUCGAUCAUGAACAUGGGAUCGCGCAAUUGUGUCCCAGUGUCCCUUCUAGGGUAUAUAGCAUUUGUAGCUUUUAUCUAUAUUAGCGGCAGUGCCGUGUCAGCCAAAACAAUAUUCCUGGAAGAAAAUGCACCUACUUUGGACGAGGUUAACUUCAUGAAGAAAUAUGGCUACUUACAAGAAGUGCCGUCCUCGGUGAGCAUGACCUACACCAGCCAGUCUAUCGCUGAGGCUGUGACGAGGAUGCAGAACUUCGCUGGUCUUCCGCCUACGGGGUACCUUGACGAUGAGACCAGAAAGCUAUUUAAAAGAAGACGCUGUGGCGUAAAAGACAUCGAGGCAAAGUUCUCAACUCAUCGUAGAAAGCGAUACAUUCUGCAGCAAGGAUGGGGCAAGAAGGCUAUUACAUACAGGGUGAUCAACGGGACGAGCACCCUGCCCAAGACCCGCGUUGAGUCCUUGAUGAAGACUGGUCUGGAGGUGUGGGCGCCACACGGAGGACUGAACUUCCGGAUGGUGGACCACAGCAAGGCUGACAUUGAGGUGUCGUUUGCCAGCAAGGAUCACGGGGACGGGUUUCCUUUUGACGGGCCAGGUCGCGUGGUGGCCCACGCGUUCCCGCCCCCACACGGCGCGAUGCACUUCGAUGAUGACGAGAUCUGGGGCGACAACCCUAGCGAGGACGACGAGGAUAUCACAGACUUCUUUGCUGUAGCCGUACACGAGAUAGGCCACGCGCUAGGGCUGUCACACUCCAACGUAAAGGCUUCUGUAAUGUACCCGUAUUACCAGGUGCCCGUCGAGAAGCUUCAUGAAGACGAUAUAAUGGGGAUGCAGGAACUAUACUUAAAAGAGGACGUGCACUCGCCCGCUCUGGAGGUAAGGACGGAGAGCGCGGUGUCCGGCCGAUCGUCGCUUGCACCACGCUUUACCAAGGCCGACAGCGAAGAAGACGAGAAUGACGUGCCUGACCUCUGCUACACCAACUACGACACCAUCCAGGUGCUGCAGGGGAAGAUCUACGUCUUUGAGGAGGAGUGGAUGUGGGUGCUGAGCGAGAAGAAAACCAUCUUGGAGGGAUACCCGAAGAGGUUCCAUGAAGUGUUCAUAGGCCUGCCGAGGCACAUCAAUGUAAUCAGAACUAUCUACGAGAAGCAAAACGGUCACAUCGUUGUAUUCUCAGGUCGCAGUUACUGGGAGUUCAGCGCUCGGUUCCGCCUAGUCAAGCGCGGUAGAAUCACCGAGUACAAGAUUCCCCAAGUGCCAGAGCUUACCACAGUGUUUAUAUCAAAUUACAACAAUAAGACCUACCUCAUCGAGUACGAGAGGUACUGGCGGUAUGACGAAGCUACCAAGACUAUGGACAGGGGGUACCCGAAGGAGAUGUCCGCUUGGAGAAAUGUGCCGUAUCCUGUUGACGCGGCUAUCAUUUGGAAGGGAGACACGUUUUUCUUCCGCGGGCCGAGGUUCUGGCGUUUCGACAACCAUCAAAUCAGAGCACACCAGUACUACCCGUUGCCCACGGCGCAGAUAUGGUUCCCCUGCCCCUCCACACCAGACAUGAUGCAAUACACGACAAACGAUGAACCAUAGUAUAGACUAAAAUUAUGAUUUCUUAUGUAAAUAUGACUAUAUUUUAUUACAUGCUAAAACAAUGUA